AUGGCAACGACUAUCAAUCCCAACGUUACGGCCAAUCACGAAAACACAAUACCUCAGGCCGAUGAAGAGCAGGAUUACAUAUCGCAGGUUGGCUGGAAGACAUUGUUUAGUUUCACCACAGAACGACAUCUCCCCGUACUCGUUGGUGGCAUUGUGACGGCGUCCCUCGCUGCGCUCACGAUGCCUGUUUUUGCGAUCCUCUAUGGUCUCGUUUCUGGCCAGUACUUGAGUUAUGGCAACGGGGAGAUGAACAGCAAUCAGUUUAUCGCAAACGUUACAAAGCUCUGUAUGAUUCUCACCAGUGUCGGAACCCUUAAUUGGAUUACGAACAGUUUCUACUUUUUCUUUCUUCUUGUGUUCGGAGAGCUCCAGGCCAGGAGUGCACGCGAUAGGGUCUUCGAUGCCCUUAUCAAAAAGGACAUGACUUGGUUCGACAUGCGAGAGACCGGCAUCGCUGCAUUUCUGCCGACAGUACAAAUGCACAUCCGCGACUUGCAGCUGUCAGUAUCGUCUCCUUUCGGAGAGGCUGUACAGUCACUGGUACAAGGUGUCGCAUCCUUAGGAGUUGCCUUUUACUAUUCAUGGAAUUUGACAUUAGUCAUUUCAUGUACCAUACCAGUACUAUACUUGGUUCAAUCAUUAGUCGCAAGUCGGCUAUCGUUGCGAACACAUGAGCACGCCGAAAAGCUACAGUCUGCACUAAAGUACGUUACCACUGCGGUGACAAGCAUUGAGACAGUUAAAUGCUUCAACGGCGAGCGAUACGAGCUCCAUGUCUUCUCUAACAUCAUCACUCUUGCAGCGAACCUGUACAAAUGGGUGGCCAAUCUCCGCUCGAUUCAGAUCGGUAUCAUGCAAUUCUUCACACUCAGCGUCUUCGUCCAGGGCUUUUGGUACGGUAGCCACCUGGCCGACAUUGGGGACAAAACUCCCGGAGAGGUCUUCAUAACGUUCUGGGCAGUACUCAUGGCAAUGUCUGGGAUGACCCAAAUAAUGCCCCAGUUGAUUGUAUUGCAAAAGGGCAAGACGGCGGGCGCAAAACUGAGCCUGCUCAUGAAGCAGAUGUCGAUAAGCGACCAGAAGCUUGAGUCGCAAGGCCAGAUGCGGCCUGCGCGGUGCUCAGGCGAUAUAGAGUUUCGAAAGGUCACAUUUUCAUACCCAACACGCGGAGAUGAAAUUGCCAUUCGCGACGCCUCGCUGUUCAUUCCAGCCGGAGAGACGACUUUCGUUAUUGGUAAAAGCGGCGCUGGGAAGAGUACGUUGGGUCAACUUCUCGUACGCUUCUACCAGCCUUCUUCUGGGCAAAUAUUCUUGGGCAAGGUACCGGUUGAAGAGUUAGACGUCCAGUGGUUACGGCAGAAUGUCACGCUUGUUGAGCAACAUAGCGUGCUGUUCAACGACACUAUCCGCCAUAAUCUUGCGCUCGGCAAGAUAGGCGAUACACUUGAUAUGCAAGAGAUCCACGACGCGGUCAAGUUUGCUAUGUUAGACCCUGUCAUGCAGGGACUUCCAAGUGGAUUGGAUACCAAUCUGGGUAUGAAGGGUGAUUCAUUGAGUGGAGGGCAAAAGCAGAGGGUGGCUCUAGCACGAGCGAAGAUUCGAAACUCACCAGUACUGAUCUUGGACGAGUCAACUAGUCAUCUCGACUAUAUCACAAGAGCGGAGACACUUGAAGCUAUACGAAGCUGGCGGAAAGGGAAGACCACGAUCGUCAUUACCCACGACAUCUCGCAGAUCCGAUCCGACGAUUUUUUAUACUUACUAGAGGAUACACGGGUAGUGCAAGAGGGAUAUCGGAAAGAGCUUGAGUCUCAGGAUGGAGCUUUCCAAGCUUUCCUCGAUACGCACAAGGAGCUCUGUGCGGAUGAGGAGUCGGAUAGCGAUGACGACUUCUACUCAGUAAACGAAGCCGACGAUACCAAAUUGAUACAGCCCGAGGUAUUCGUGACUCGGAUUGUUCCGAUGCGACGUCCGCUCCCUGCAGCCUACUUUGGAAAGACUCGUGCAUCUUGGGCAGGAACUGAACCGGCCGACCUAGUCGCGUGUCCGAGACAAUUCAUUCACGAAAAAGAGGGUGACCGAGGCAGGCAGUCAGAGCUAACCUUGACAUCCGAACCACUGGAGAGCACCGAAGCAUCUCCGAGUACGAUAGAGUUGAAGCAGCUUGAGAGCCCAGACAAGUCACGCUUUACCGGGGAAACGUUCUUAUCGAAAGAAUACGGCUCAAGGCCAGGCCCUCAAGCUUCGGAGGGGUUGCCAAGGUCGGACUCACGUAGGCGCUCUGUAUCGUUUUCGAAAGAAUAUGGUCCCCGUCCAGUCUCCAUACUAUCAACACGACCAGUCUCGUGGAUAGGCCCACAUCCACGACCUCUUAUGAUCCCAGAGACUGUUCCAGUUUGUUUGGACGCACCCAAGAAGUGGUCGAGAAAUGACAAGCUUCUUUCCAAGGUCGGCCUUUCCCACCGGAAGAGUCAAAAAGAGCGAGAGGAUACUUCGCCCGCCUCUCUUCCUAUAAAGGAGAUCUUCAUGUCUAUAUGGCCCGCCAUAGGCUGGGACUCUCGUCUUCUUCUCUUUGGAGCUUUACUUAGCGCAACGAUCCACUCUGCAUGUACACCAGUCUUCGCAUGGGUAUUCGCUAGGCUUUUGAGUACUUUCUACGACGCUGGCACCGACGACCAUCACGCCCGUACCUAUUCCCUAAUUAUUCUUGGUGUUGCUGCGGUCGAUGGUCUCACAAGCUACUUCAUGUUCUUCUUUUCUGAUACCGUGGCGCAGACGUGGACUCUUUCGCUCAAGAAGGAGGCCAUGCGCCGCAUCCUCAUGCAGCCACGAGCAUUCUUCGACAAGGAGGAGAAUAGCAUAUCGCGCCUUGCCGAGACACUGGACCACUUUGCCGAGGAAGCGAGAAAUCUUCCGGGGCGGUUUGCUUGUGUCCUACUUGCUAUUUCCAUUAUGGUCGUUAUUGGGAUCACUUGGAGUAUGAUCAUAGCGUGGAAGUUGGCGCUUGUUGCUCUUGCGACGGGUCCGAUACUCUUCGCAAUCACACAAUGCUACAACAAGAUCAGUAUCUACUGGGAAAGACUAGCAAACGAAGCUGAUGACAGGGUUGGUCAGGUGUUUCACGAGACGUUCGUCAACAUCAGGACUGUCAGAUGCUUGGUAUUGGAGGAUCAUUUCAGAAAAAAGUACAACGACGCGACCACCGAAGCAGUAAACGUCGGCAUCAAGCGGGCAAUAUACUCAGGUUCCAUCUACGGACUAUCGUACUCUGGCAUCAUCUUCGUCGCUAUACUACUCUUCUGGUACGGGGGGUUGCUCAUAUCGAGGAACGAGUAUUCUGUCACUCAAGUAAACGAGUGUUUCUUAGUGCUCAUGCUCAGCAUCAACCAUGUCAGCUACAUGUCAAAUUACGUUACUCAGAUCAACAUUUCUCGAGACGCUGGAUCACGCUUGCUGCGCCUCGCUCGACUACCAAUGAACUCCCACGAACUCACCGGCACGACCCAAAUUCAAUCUGCAGGCGACAUUUCCCUGAAUAAGGUCAACUUCAGAUACCCCACCCGAAGUGGCGUUCAGGUACUGCACGAUGUCUCUUUCAGCAUUCCACAAGGAAGUUGCACCGCCAUCGUCGGUUUCUCCGGCUCGGGCAAAUCGACAAUCGCCUCUCUUCUCCUCAAACUAUACCCGACAGACAGAAAACUAGUUUGGGCUUCAGAACCCGUAAGCGACACGGCGGUCUCGGGUCACAACAUUAAAGACUUGCAUACCACCACUCUCCGUUCCCGAAUGGCGUUGGUAUCACAGAUUCCCGUCCUCUUUCCCGGCACCAUUGCAGAAAACAUCGCCUACGGCCUCUCCCCUUCCCUUCCCGAAGCAAGCAUGGAGAGUAUCCGCGCUGCCGCUUCUGCAGCCGGUAUAUCUGAUUUCAUUGACAGCCUAUCUCAGGGCUACAACACGCUCGUCGGCGAGGGCGGAACAAGUCUAUCUGGCGGCCAAGCCCAACGUCUCUCCAUUGCGCGCGCCCUCGUCCGGAACCCCGAUAUCCUAAUCCUAGAUGAACCGACAAGUGCGUUGGACGUAGCUUCCGCCAACGUCAUCCGCGAUACAAUUCUCCGUCUCGUUAGCGAUAACGAGGAUACUCUGUCCCCCGCCUCUCCGCCGCUAUCACCUCGUUACCGUUCAGGUGGCAUCUGGGAUGGCGUGGACGCGGAUUGGGAUGUUAAAGUCGCAAAGCAUCAAGAGCGUAUGGGUGCGAGUGGUGGUGAGAAAGGUAAGGAGCCGAGGAAACGAAUGACGGUUAUCAUCAUCACGCAUGCGCAGGAGAUGAUGGCUAUUGCCAGGCAUAUCGUCAUGUUGGACAAGGGGAGGGUGAUCGAGCAGGGAAGUUUCGAUGAGUUGAAAAAGAAGAGAGGUAGCGCUUUCGGGCGAUUGCUGAGGGGUGUGAGAGAGUAG